UAGUGGGCUGGUCCGGCGCCGGGGGAACACAGCAAGCAAUAUGACUAAAAAGAAGCGGGAGAAUCUUGGCGUCGCUCAGGAGAUUGACGGGCUAGAGGAAAAGCUGUCUCAGUGUCGGAAGGACCUGGAGGCCUUGACCGUCCAGCUCUGCAGGGCAGAGCUGAGUCCUGAGGACAGGAGGUCUCUGGAGAAAGAGAAAAACACCCUCAUGAACAAAGCCUCCAAGUAUGAGAAGGAGUUAAAGGUGCUUCGACAAGAGAACCGGAAGAACAUGCUCCUCUCGGUGGCCAUCUUCACAGUCUUCGCCCUGCUCUAUGCUUACUGGACCAUGUGAGUCAACCAUCUUCAGCCACGCAGGUUCCCUUCCUCUCCCAUCCAGAGACUGGUUGGCCUUUCAAGCUCAUGACCGAGGAGGGGCCUUUCCCUGUGGUUGUUCAGCAGCUGUAGCAGAAGGGCGUGGUACUGCUUCCUCCUUAUUGCUUAGUAGAGGGGCAAUAAAGAGCCCCAGGCUCUGCUGUCCGGUGAGUAAACAUUU